AUUGAGUUGGCUCACUUCAGAGUACAAUCACAUGCGAUCGAUACGUCGGCUCGCGCGCACGUCUCAUUACGAACAGUAGCGGGCCAAGCAUAGUGCCUUGCGGAACACCAGGAACUUUUACCCGUGUAUAAUAUUUGUGACUAUGAAACUCAAUUUGUUUUCUGAGUGAAGUGGGUGUGUCUGUGAUAAGCGACAACUGUGUUUAUUUUAUAUAACUUUGUUUCCGACAAUAUCGGCUGGUUACUGUAUAGUUUAAGUAUCGAGUGCAUUUGUUUGUGAUCGGUCGUGUUUUGAGUGCACAAUGUUUCCAAGGAUACAGGGACUGUUUCACUCGGUGGCUGAGAAGCGGGCUCCUAGCACAGAGUGUGGGGAGAACAGCGUCACGAUCCUCGCAGACAAGAAGAUAGACGACGACUCGUCUAGCGGGGAGAAUGUAGAAAUUGAAGACAAGCCCCUCCCGCUGCCCGCGCCGCCGCCGCUGGCGCCGCCACAGAGCCACCCCGCGCAGUGCGCGUGCGCAAACUGCGAUGAAAUCGUGUCCCGGUUCUCAGAAUGCGGAAUCUGUCUUGAACCUUUACAGUGCUGCGGCCCCUGCGCUUGCACAUGGUGCGGCGGCGUGUGGUGCGCGCGCUGCUCCCGCCGAGUGUCGCGCUGCGCGUGGUGCCGCGCCCCCCUGCGCGCCCCCGCGCCCCCCUGCCUCGCGCUGCAGCGGCUGGUCAAUGACCUGAUGUUGCCGUGUAGGAAUUAUAGGCGAGGCUGCACAGAGUACCUCACAGCGGCCACGCGGGUCAAGCACGAGGAGGAAUGCAAGUUCGACCAGAUCACUUGCCCCAUCGCAGCCAACUGCUGCUCCGUGGCCUUCGAGGAACUGUCUGAGCACCUCCAGGGCUCCCACAACAUCAUCGCCGUCUACUCGCAGAAAAUCAAGAUCCUCAUUGAAAACUUCCAGACCAAACUCAAAAAGACCGCCUGCUGCCGGACCAAAUACAAAAUCAUACUCCUCCAUCACAAGAGCGCGUUCAUCAUCAAAGUCUGCAUUUACAAUUACCACGUCAGGGUUGAGGUCAUGAGACGGAAGCUCGGUUAUUCGGCUGAAAACAAGGAGCCGAAGAAAAGCGAAUACUGCGCGCUCAUAGAAUUCCAAAGCAAAGCCUUGUCUACCAAAUCAGCUGUGAUGAUAGAGAAUGAAACGUACAGUAAGAAGGCAGAAGUACAGUGGAAUGAUGUCGUUCUGAAAUCAGAUAAUGAUGAAGCUAUAACCAUACAUGUGAAUAUUGGCAAGAAUGAAGUGGAUAAUCUAUUAUGAUAGGUAGAGGCAAGUGAUUACUAAGUCAAAGAUGUUGAGAAUUCGAUGUCGAGUUGUGGCCAAAUGUGACUGAUGUAGUUUUAAGAUAAAAUAGAAGUACCCGUAAGUUAAUAAUAAGUAGUUUUAAAGGACACACAAUGAUUUAGAAUAAUAAAUAUAUUUUUACUUACCGAAA